AUGCGCAAUUUGGUCGGAGGAGUUGGCUGCAGUCGGACAGCGGCUUACCUGGCGGUGCUGGGUGCGCCGUUACCGGAAGACACGCUUCCGUUGGACAUGAUGCCGGAUGACUUGGCCGCAGACCCGGGGCCAGAUGACGUGCUAUUCGAUCCCGCCCGUUUCGCUGAGGCCAUGCGGGAGGUUGCCGAGGCGAUCGACGCCGAGUUAGUGCGAGCGGAGGAGGAGGUCGCGGCGAUCGCAGGCCUCCUGGACUUCAUCCAAAUCGUUGACGAUCUCCUCGGCAAUGCCGAACUCCUCGAUGACUCUGCCUACGGCUCCAACAUCGACCUAGAUGCCGAAGAGGAACUGCGGUACCGCCUCGCCGACCUCGCCCAGGACCUGGAACCCGAAGACGACCAGGACGACCAAUUCGCCCAGGACGACCAAUUCGCCCAGGACGACCAAUUCGCCCAGGACGACCGAUUCGCCCAGGACGACCGAUUCGCCCAGGACGACCAAUUCGCCCAGGACGACCAACUCGCCCAGGACGACCAACUCGCCCAGGACGAGGAAUUAAGUUCGCCCGAGCACGAGGAGGCGGCCCAGGAAAAGGCUGAUAGCGGGUCCGCAAUCGGCGACUUCCUGGCUCAACUGUGCCGCAGCCUGGAAUCGGGCACAACAACAGAGUAUGCGCCCGCAGAGGAUGAUGCCUGGAGUGAAUGA